GAAAUGAAGAUCGCCUUCUUCAAUUUUUUCUUCUUUUUCUGCCUCCUCCAGUCUUGUACCUGCGACGAUACGAUCAUGAGAACACAGUCCAUGAGAGAUGGUGAUGUUAUAUUCUCAGAAGGGAAGAGAUUUGCAUUUGGAUUCUUCAGCCUUGGAGUGUCAAAUCUCCGUUAUGUCGGGAUUUGGUAUGCUCAAGUCUCUGAGCAGACUGUUGUAUGGGUUGCUAAUAGAGACCGUCCUAUGAACGACACGUCUGGGGUAAUAAGGUUCAGCAGCAGUGGGAACCUCUGCAUCUAUGCAUCAGUCAACACAACAGAACCUCUCUGGUCGACUAAUGUUACGGAGAGUAUCCCGGAACCAACUCUAGUUGCGAGACUCUCUGCUCUAGGGAACCUUGUUCUGCUUGAUUCAGUUACAGGGAAAGGUUACUGGGAGAGCUUUGAUCAUCCGACUGACUCUUCUCUUCCGUUUAUGAGGCUGGGUUUCACCCGAAAAGACGGUUUGGAUCGCGUUCUGACGUCUUGGAAAUCUCCUGGUGACCCUGCUUCUGGAACUUUCUCAUUACGGAUAAAUCGCACGGGGUUCCCGCAGCUGAUUCUGUACAAAGGUGUGACCCCAUGGUGGCGUACGGGAUCGUGGACCGGGUUGAGAUGGAGCGGUCUUGUCUUCCAGAUCUUGUUUGUUAAUAAUCAGGACGAAGUAUCGAUGACUAACCGCGUGAUGGAUGCUUCAGUCAUAACAAGAAUGAUGGUGAACGAGACAGGAAAGGUGCAACGUCUCACAUGGAGCGCAGGGGAGAAGAGAUGGAAUGUGUUCUGGUCGAUUCCCAAAGAGGAAUGCGACAAUUAUGCACACUGUGGCCUUAACGGUUACUGCCGUCCCACAAGUUCAGAAGCGUGCACAUGCCUACCUGGUUUUGAGCCAAAGAUGCCCCGGGAUUGGUUAUUGAGGGACUACACGGGCGGGUGUUCGAGGAGAAACAAAACUUCACUAUGCCGUGAGAAAGAAGGCUUUGUGAAGUUCACGAACGCGAAGAUUCCCGACACAUCAGUUGCACGUGUGGAUAUGAACAUAACAUUGAAGGAGUGUAAACAGAGGUGCUUACGGAACUGUUCUUGCCUCGCUUACGCAAGCGCUUACCACGAGGGUGUGGGAGGAGAAAAAGGGUGCUUGACAUGGCACGGUGAUAUGUUGGAUACAAGGUCACUCUUGAAUUCUGGACAAGACUUCUACAUACGUGUAGACAGGGAAGAGUUAGAGCGGUGGAACAAAAAUGGCUCAUUAGGGAAGAGGAGAGCCAUUAUCAUUGUCAUCAGUUUGAUUGCAGCCUUGAUGUUACUAGCUGUCAUUUCGUUCUGUUUCGUAAGGAAGCGACGAAAGUCGAACAGGGAUAGAAGAUCCUCAACAACCUUACCUCCAGGUUCUUUUGAUAUUAGUGACACAUUCAGAUUUGAAGAGGAACAGGGGGGGAGAGAAUGGGAGUUACCUCUCUUUGAGCUUAACACGAUCGCUACAGCGACUAACAAUUUCGAUUUCCGUAACAAACUUGGAGAAGGUGGUUUCGGACCCGUUUAUAAGGGCGUGUUAGAAAACGGUAUGGAGAUAGCAGUGAAGAGGUUGUCGAAAAACUCAGGCCAAGGAAUGGAAGAGUUCAAGAACGAGGUCAAGCUGAUAUCAAAGUUGCAGCAUCGAAACCUCGUGAGGAUGUUAGGAUGUUGCGUUGAAUCAGAAGAGAAGAUGUUGGUAUACGAGUAUUUACCAAACAAGAGCCUAGACUAUUUCAUAUUCCAUGAAGAGCAGAGAGCAGAGUUGGAUUGGCCAAAACGGAUGGAGAUAAUAUGCGGGAUUGCUCGCGGAAUCUUGUAUCUUCAUCAAGAUUCAAGACUGAGGAUCAUCCACAGAGACCUCAAGGCCAGCAAUGUACUACUUGACAACGAAAUGAUCCCCAAGAUUGCUGAUUUUGGCAUGGCUAGAAUCUUUGGGGGAAAACAAAUCAGAGGAAGCACAAAUCGGGUCGUCGGAACAUAUGGAUAUAUGUCACCUGAGUAUGCAAUGGAGGGUCAUUUCUCCGUUAAAUCCGACGUCUACAGCUUCGGAGUAUUGAUCUUAGAGAUCAUAACAGGGAAGAAAAACAGUGCUUUCCACAAGGAAUCUUUGAACCUAGUUGGACAAAUAUGGGAUCUAUGGAACAAAGGUGAAGCAACAGCUGUCAUAGACAAACUAAUGAAUCAAGAUAUUAAUGAUGAGAGCGAAGUGAUGAAGUGCGUACACAUUGGGUUGCUUUGCGUGCAAGAAAACGCUUCGGAUAGACCAGACAUGCCCUCAGUUGUGUCCAUGUUUGGUCAUAACGCCAAUGACUUUCCGCCUCCUAAGCAUCCUGCGUUUACGUCGGGAAGGAAGCCACACGUCAAGAAUGACGACCUCAGUGGAGAAAACAGCACUUCUGUUAAUGACGUUACUCUCACCGAUGUUUAUGGCCGUUGAAUUAUUGAGAUAUGUAUCUUAUUUUUGGUAAACUACUUUCAUAGAAUAGAAGUGUAUGUUUUGGUUUUAA